UGUGACAUAGGGGGCAGGGAGCGUAGAGGGGUAGGGUGGUACAAGGAUGGGCAUUAGAAGGUUGUCUGGGCCUCUACCUGGGAAACUCUGAUAGGAGGAACUAAAUUGGGGUUCAGGGUGAGGAGAUGAGGUUGGGGUUCAUUUCUACUAUGGGGAAGAAGACUCCUGUAUUUCUGCACUUCCCUGCACUCGUUCUCAACGGUUUGACCAUCUCUGCUCUGAUGACCUUUGCUCCCUCGGCUCCACCGGGGCUGAUGACAGCAAGUGCCCUUCUCCUUCUCUGGGGGAGCAGCCCCCAAGCUUUCCCUGCUGGAGGGCUCCAUUUGGGAACUGGAUGGAACUGCAGAGUUAAAAGCCAGUCUUGGGGUGCUGCGUAGUAAUGGUGGAUCUGGGCCCAGACGGGGUGGAGAGUGGGAGGGAGUUAAGUGACAUGGGGUGGGUAGCUCUUAGGUAGCUUUUAGGGGUUAAGGUGAAGCUCGGGAGGGGAUGAAGAAGGGGAAGGGAUGGGGAUGGUGAGAAUCCAGGACCUGAAUUCCCAGCCUGGCCAACCCUUGCAGCUAUGUCUGCCCUCAAGAGCAGGUGCUUCUUAAGGCCAGCAGGAUUGGGGGAGUUGGGGUGGCCCAAGGCUCUUUUCUGUUAGAGCCCUGGUCCCCCUACCUCCACCAUCUAUCCCUGCUCAAUAGAACCCCUGGGUGCUGAAUGGCAGGAGCCCCGGGGUGUCCCAUACGGGUAUGGCUGGCUGGGUCAUUAACCUCUGUGAUCUGCUCCCUCCCUCUGCAGAUCAUGCGGAUCAAACCUCACCAAAGCCAGCACAUAGGAGAGAUGAGCUUCCUCCAGCACAGCAGAUGUGAAUGCAGACCAAAGAAAGACAGAACAAAGCCAGAAAAAAAAUCAGUUCGAGGAAAGGGAAAGGGUCAAAAACGAAAGCGCAAGAAAUCCCGGUUUAAAUCCUGGAGCGUUCACUGUGAGCCUUGCUCAGAGCGGAGAAAGCAUUUGUUUGUCCAAGAUCCGCAGACGUGUAAAUGUUCCUGCAAAAACACAGACUCGCGUUGCAAGGCGAGGCAGCUUGAGUUAAACGAACGUACUUGCAGAUGUGACAAGCCAAGGCGGUGAGCCAGGCUGCAGGAAGGAGCCUCCCUCAGGGUUUCGGGAACCAGCCCUCUUACCAUGUCACCACCACACCGUCAUCGUCACCAUCGACAGAACAGUCCUUAAUCCAGAAAGCCUGACAUGAAGGAAGAGGAGACUCUUCGAGGAGCACUUUGGGUCCGGAGGGCGAGACUCCGGCAGAAGCAUUCCCGGGCAGGUGACCAAGCAUGGUCCCUCGUGGAACUGGAUUCGACAUUCUCUUUUACUUGCUGCUAAAUCACCAAGCCCGGAAGAUUAGGGAGUUUUAUUUCUGGGAUUCCUGUAGACACACCCACCCACAUACACACACACAUAUAUAUAUAUAUAUUAUAUAUAUAAAUAAAUAUAUAUGUUUUAUAUAUAUAAAAUAUAUAUAUUCUUUUUUUAAAUUAACUUUGCUAAUGUUAUUGGUGUCUUCACUGGAUGUGUUUGACUGCUGUGGACUUGCGUUGGGAGGAGAAGGUGCCUCCUCGGAUCCUGAUAGGGAGACAGUAGGAUGAAAGACUCCGGUGUGGUCUUUCUCAGAGAGGCCGAAGUCCUUCUGCCUGCCAGGGCACGGGGGCACACAGGCUCACUUCCAGAAACACGACAAACCCAUCCCUGGCCCCGAGUCAAGAGGACAGAAAGAUGGCAGAUAAAGAGACAAAGACGCUGGUUCCAACAGGAGUUCGGGGAGCUUCAGGACAUGGCCUGCUUUGUGGAUCGCCACUAAAUGCUGCAAGAGCAUCCUGCCCCUCUGGGCACUGCCUGGAAGAAUCAGGAGCCUGGCCAGCCUUCAGCUCUCUUGUCCACUUCCGAGGUGCCCAGGAGGCCUCCCACAGGUGUCUAGUCGGUGGAAAAAGAGGCCCUGGGGACGGCUCCUCCUCCUGGGAACCCACCUCUCCUUACCCCACUUCCUGGGUACGGCCCAGGGGAACCUUGUGUGCUCAGACCAUUGAAACCACUAGUUCUGUCCCCAGGAGACUUGGCCGAGUGUGAGUGGCUAACCCUCCCUCAUCCCACCCCUUCCCGAGGCACAGAGCAGUGGGGCAGGACCCGCAAGCCCCUCACGGAGGCAGAGAAAAGAGAAAGUGUUUUAUAUAUGGUACUUAUUUAAUAGCCCUUUUUAAUUAGAAAUUAAAACAGUUAAUUUAAUUAAAGAGUAGGGUUUUUUUUCAGUAUUCUUGGUUAAUAUUUAAUUUCAACUAUUUAUGAGAUGUAUCUCUUUCUCUUAUUUGUACUGUUCCGAUUUUAUUUUUGUUUUUUGUUUUUUUUUGUUUUUUUUUGGUGUGUGUGUAUAUGUGUGUGUGUGUGCGUGCAUGUGUGUGUGUGUGUGUGUGUGUGUGUGUGUAAAAUCUGUGUUUCCAAUCUCUCUCUCCCGGAUCGGUGACAGUCACUAGCUUGUCCUGAGAAGAUAUUUAAUUUUGCUAACACUCAGCUCUGCCCUUCCCUUGUCCCCUCCACACAUUCCUUUGAAAUAAGGUUUCAAUAUACAUUUACAUACUAUAUAUAUAUUUGGUAACUUGUGUUUGUAUAUAAAUAUAUAUAUAUAUAUAUGUUUAUGUAUAUAUGUGAUUCUGAUAAAAUAGACAUUGCUAUUCUGUUUUUUAUAUGUAAAAACAAAACAAGAAAAAAUAGAGAAUUCUACAUACUAAAUCUCUCUCCUUUUUUAAUUUUAAUAUUUGUUAUCAUUUAUUUAUUGGUGCUACUGUUUAUCCGUAAUAAUUGUGGGGGAAAAGAUAUUAACAUCACGUCUUUGUCUCUAGUGCAGUUUUCCGAGAUAUUCCGUAGUACAUAUUUAUUUUUAAACAGCAACAAAGAAAUACAGAUAUAUCUUAAAAAAACAUUUUGUAUUAAAGAAUUGAAUUCUGAU